UAAUAAGGCCGAGCUGGCCACCUGGAUCCCGCAAGUGGCUCCGCGGAGCGCAGGCGAGGCGGUCGCGGUAGGGACCAUGGCCCGGGCGCUGGCCGGUCUGGCCUCGAGCUUGCAGGUCCCGCGGGUCGUCUCCAGCCCCGAUUCGGACUCGGACACAGACUCGGAGGACCCGGGUCUCCGGCGCAGCGCCGGCGGCCUGCUCCGCUCGCAGGUCAUCCACAGCGGACACUUCAUGGUGUCCUCGCCGCACAGCGACUCACUGACGCGGCGGCGCGACCAGGAGGGACCCGUAGGGCAUGGCGACUUCGGGCCGCGCAGCAUCGACCCCACACUCACCCGCCUCUUCGAGUGCUUGAGCCUGGCCUACAGUGGCAAGCUGGUCUCUCCCAAGUGGAAGAACUUCAAAGGCCUCAAGUUGCUGUGCCGGGACAAGAUCCGCCUCAACAACGCCAUCUGGAGAGCCUGGUAUAUCCAGUAUGUGGAGCGGAGGAAGAGCCCGGUGUGCGGCUUCGUGACGCCCCUGCAGGGGCCUGAGGCUGACGAACACCGCAAACCAGAGGCCGUCGUCCUGGAGGGGAAUUACUGGAAGCGGCGCAUCGAAGUGGUGAUGCGCGAGUACCACAAGUGGCGCAUCUACUACAAGAAGCGGCUCCGUAAAUCCAGCAGGGAAGGGGAUCUCUUGGCCCCCAAGCAGGCGGAAGGGGAGUGGCCGCCGCCAGAGCGAUGGUGCCAGCAGCUCUUCUCCAGCGUGGUGCCCGUGCUGCUGGGGGGCCCCGAGGAGGAGCCCGGCGGGCGGCAGCUCCUGGACCUGGACUGCUUUCUGUCCGAUAUCUCCGACACGCUCUUCACCAUGACACAGCCCAACUCCUCGCCCCUGCAGCUGCCCCCCGAGGACGCCUACAUCGGCAAUGCUGACAUGAUCCAGCCGGACCUGACGCCCCUGCAGCCCAGCCUGGAUGAGUUCGUGGAGAUCUCAGGUUUCUUCACCAACUACCGCCCCCCACAGACGCCCACGGCUUUGAACUUCAUGGAGUCCCCCAGCUUCACCCCGAUGGCUGACUCCAACUUUGGCAGUGGGAUCCUGGCCCCAGGGGUGCCCCCGGCUUCCUCGGGGUUGCCCUACCUCCCAGGACAGAACCGCAUGCAGGCUCGGAACAGCUGCCCUGGGCCCUUGGACCCCAGCGCCUUCCUGAGUUCUGACUUCCUCCUUCCGGAAGAGCCCAAGCCCAAGCUCCCACCACCUCCUGCACCACCACCCCUCCUCCAGUACCCCGCCCCUGACAAGGUGCCGGGCCUGCAGCCCUGCACCCCACCUCCCUUCCCUGACGUAGCUUCAGCCCCCGCUUUGCUGCAGGAAGAGCCCCUCUUCUCAGCCAGGUUCCCCUUCCCCACAGCCCCGCCGGCCCCAGGAGCAUCCCAGCUGCCUGCUCCCGCAGCCUUCCCAGCCCCGGCGGCACCGCCUAUCCCCGGCCCUGGCCCAGGCCACACCCCCUUCCCCAUAGACCCUCUGCCCUCGGGGUACCCGGAGCCCGGCUUCAGCAGUCACUUCGCAGUGCCUCAGGGGGUGCAGCCCAGGGGAGAACCCCUUGCCCGACCCCCUAGGGGACGGAAGACCAGCCCCCCCACUUUGGCCCCUGCCACUGCCCCCGGCAGCAACCCCUGCCUCACGCAGCUGUUGAGGACAGCCAAGACCGAGCCUGCCCUGGAGCCACCGCUUGUGCCCAGCGCCCUCCUCCGGUCCCCGGGCCCCCCGCAGGAGACGGUCCCUGAAUUCGCCCAUGCCUUCUUCCCCUCGCCCCCGGCCCCUACGCCUCCCCGGCCACCUCCCGGCCCAGCCACACUGGCCCCUCCGAGGCCCCUGAUUGUCCCCAAAGCAGAGCGGCUGUCACCCCCAGCGCCCAGCGGCAGUGAGCGGCGGCUGUCCGGGGAGCUCAGCUGCCUCCCAGCUCCCGGGGCCCCGAGUGUGGGCGUCUCUCCCCCGCAACCCGUUCUGUGCCGGGCCCGGCCAGACAACAGCAAGACUGAGAACCGGCGUAUCACGCACAUCUCGGCGGAGCAGAAGCGGCGCUUCAACAUCAAGCUGGGCUUCGACAUCCUUCACAGCCUUGUGAGCACACUCAGCGCCCAGCCCGGCCUCAAGCACUUAGGCCCGCUCUGGUGGCGCCUGCAGGUGAGCAAGGCGACCACGCUGCAGAAGACGGCCGAGUACAUCGCCAUGCUGCAGCAGGAGCGCACGGCCCUGCAGGAGGAGGCCCAGCAGCUGCGGGACGAGAUCGAGGAGCUCAACGCCGCCAUCAACGUGUGCCAGCAACAGCUGCCCGCCACGGGGGUGCCCAUCACGCACCAGCGCUUUGACCAGAUGCGAGACAUGUUUGACGACUACGUCCGGACGCGCACGCUGCACAACUGGAAGUUCUGGGUUUUCAGCGUCCUCAUCCGGCCUCUGUUCGAGUCCUUCAAUGGGAUGGUGUCCACCGCAAGCCUGCACAGCCUCCGCCAGACCUCGCUGGCCUGGCUGGAUCAGUACUGCUCCCUGCCUGCUCUCCGGCCCACUGUCCUGAACUCCCUUCGCCAGCUGAGCGCGUCCACCAGUAUCUUGACUGACCCAAGCCGCGUGCCUGAGCAGGCCACGCGGGCAGUCACGGAGGGCACCCCGGGCAGACCAUUAUAGCGCUGGCACACCCUCCAGGCGCUCUCCUCUUGCCCCAGGCCCUGGCUGGUGCCUUCCUGGUAUCCCUGCCUCUUGGAGGCUGAGAAGAGCCAAGGAGCUCCGUUCCCCUCUGCUUCUGCCCUUGGCGACUUGAAACCCCUCUGGGGGGUGGGGAGCACACAACCAACAUGGACCUGCGGACUUAGCCGCCAUGACACUGGGCAACUCGGGGAGCUCAGAGGAAGGCAGGGGGUAACACUGACUUGGGGUCACUCCUGCCUGCUCCCUGCAGGGGACGCUAGGCUCCUGCAGGGUGGCUUCCCCUGAGCAAGGCCUGGAAGGGUAGAGGCCAGGGAGGGCCAAUGCCAGGGCAUCUUGUGUGUGUGCGGAUGUGUGAGUGUGAGUUUUGUAAAGAAUUCUUGAACAAUAAAGGUAAAAACUGUCCGUCA